AUGAGCUACACCAAUGUGUGGGAUGCGAUACCGCAAUUGGCCAAUCUCUCCUACCUGCCUCCAGAUGGCACUCGUGCUCCCAAUCUGGGUGGACAGAACUUCACACACUGCUGUCUCCGCGCGGUGAACAGCUCCCUUACCGCAGAGAAUGGGAGCAUCACGUUUACUAACACUUCUUUCUUCCUCCCUGACCAAACAAUCGACCCUAUCCUGGAGUCGGCCGAAAAUGACGAUUUCCCAUGCGGUGCCGAAUGGAACGGGGAUCCCGCCGGCUCUCCGGUCGUACAGGUGCCCUACCGCUGGUGUACGUCCGAGUGCAGCGGCUGGGAGAUCUCGCACUUCGGUGCUCUGCAGCAAUGGGUCGGUCCUCUUGUCCAGUUCAUACUCCCGAGUCUAGCGUUCUGCCUGAACAUCCCGCGCACCCGGAAGCUGGCGAUACCGGAUGUGGUGUUCCAAGCCCACCCGAGAAAUAUCAUCGGCUUUACCACCUACUGGAUCCGACUCGGGGGCGCCAUGAUCAUCAUGACAAUUGACACCUUCGUGUGGCUGGCACUUUGCUUCGCCUUUGCUGGGCCGAUGCUGCUGAGUGGCGUCUACGAGUUUGUGCUGGACCGCAAGAUCCUCGAAUUUCUGAGUCCGCCGCAGAAGUCGGAGGAUAGGCCCAAGAUCCCAGCGAGACUCAAGGCUCAGCUACUCCUGGCAGUUGUUGUCGGAAAUCUACGGAUCUCGACCGGUAUUCAGGAACAUAGGGCCAGCCUUCAGAUGCGCCAGAACAGCUACGGCCUCUUCAACUCGAAGAGGGGAGAGGACAGGACUGAGGCUGAUCUGGGUGAGGGGGGCCCCACGGAUAAUACGUGGCACAGGGUUGUUUCUAUGCUCGAUGACCUGGAGAGGCAGAAUCUUCCGUCGCAACUACGGGUGGGCACAGUGUCAGUGGCUGACAAGCUUAAAUCUGUCCUGAUGUCACAGGCAAGUUUUGGAUCGACUGUCGGAGCCCCUAUCUUGUUUUUUGUCGGUGGAUUCAUCUAUACCGUCCUGGAUAUCAGCAAUAGCCUUGGUGACAAUGACCAGGCCCACGCUCUGGCGUUUGGCAUGUGGUGGAUGACUAUCCCAUACCUCGCGAUCAUGGCCUGUGCUAUGUUAGCCUCGAAUAGCCCCAGCGCACUCCAAGGCCUCGUCUACGAUGGUGGCACUCGCGCAUCGCGUGAGAAGCACGAGUUGAGCUUCUGGGACCAAUUAAAGAUCAAGCUGAAAAGUCACCGCUUCGCAAAAGCUUUGAUUAGCCGCGCGCGCGGCUAUGAAUUGAUCGAGCAUACGUAUGAGGGGAAUUUCCAGACCGUCACGAUGUGGAACCGCGGCCCAAACAAGCGAAGAUGGGUCCAUGAGGCCAUCCGAGAGUAUGCGAGAGAUCAUGCCGCCUACAACGAGGAAAAGCUGAUAACUCCUGACCAAGUCCGCCAGGGGCUCAGGAUGUCGUUUGGAGAUAAGCGGAACAUCAUCCUCGGAACGCUCUAUCUUUUAAUCACACCUUCUUUGCUGGCGUUCUUGACUUCGUAUAACACCCCGAGAAAGUCCCUAUCCUGUCGUACAAUGACGUACCUCGUGUACGGCAUCAGUCAGAUCUGUGAGAUGCUCCUUUGGAUCUGGGAGGCGUACCUCAAAGUCAAGUACGGACCCAGAUGGUCCCAUACCAAGACCCCAGCGAAAGCGAUCAACUGGUGGGGUCAGGUGUUCGUGGGCUUCUUCGCCGUUCUGGCGGCUGUCGGUGGCACGUUCAUGCAAAUGCUUGGUGUGUACCGCUCCUGUGCGUGUAGAAUACCUGCCAAAUAUUGGAUGACUCCAGAUGAUCCUGAUGCUUACAUUGUGCUGAGUACCAACACGGCCGAAAGUAUUGUGGCCGCCCAGAACUGGUGGACGGUUACAGGUACAGUGGCCGUCGUCCUUCUCAGUGUCAUAUGCUCUCUGUCCUGGUGGCACCAGCGAAGGCUGCGAAAAGUCUUCAGAGAAGAGGCUGAUACCUUAGAGGAAGAUGGAGGCACGUUCCAGCUUCAGCUCAGGGGUAUCUCCAACAGCAUUACGACCUCGGGUCCAACGACUCCUACCCAUCAACUGGAUAAGAUUUCGGAACUUUGA